AUGGAGUACUACACAUUUUCUCAAGAAACCGACGAAGAACGUGGAUCGGGAAAGCAUCACCUGAAGAACACGUGGGUUAAAGAACGUUACGAGAGCGAUGAAGAAGAUGGGUCGAGAGAGGAACAAGUGAACAAACUUGUUCUAAGAAAAGAAGAAGAUGAUGAUGGUGAAAUGGUGACGUCAUCGAGUACCGUGUUGACAAGUAAAGUGAGGUAUCUCAACUAUGGAGCUCUCAAACAUGACUCGGCGCCGGCAGCUUACGGUGGUGGUGGAGGAAAAGUCAUGCCUCCUCCGUCGAACAAGUACCACCGUGGCCAUCCCAAGUUCUAUAGAUGCAGGGGUUGA